AUGGACGUGGUUGUUGAUCCUGGAAUUGGGUGGAUGGAGUUUAAAGAGUAUUUGGAACCUUAUGGUAUAUUUUUUCCACUUGAUCCCGGUCCUGCUGUAAGUAUUGGAAGGAUGUGUGCUACACGCUGUUCUGGAUCAUUAGCUGUGAGGUAUGGAACUAUGCUUGAUAAUGUCAUCAGUCUCAAGGUAGUUCUUGCCAAUGGAGAUAUUGUGAAGACUGCAUCUCGAGCUAGGAAGAGUGUUGCAGGGUUUGUUUUGUUCCUUUACUUUUAUCUAUUAAUUAACUCCCUUAUAAUUUUCUCACCUUCCAUGAAUGGAUGCUUCACAGCUUAG